UAAACGCUUUGCGGUGCGCAACCCGCUCCGCACCGCCGACACAUGUUAAGUAAUUAACGCAGAGCGUCUCGUAGUCUGCAAUGCCAUCUCGUCCGUUUCCGAACGCCUUUUACCGCGCAUCCCUCCGAUAUUAUAAAACGGUCGCGUGCGCGCCGCGCGCCCGCAGUCCAACCGCGCUACCGAGCGAGUCACACGCUCCUGUUAUGCUAAAGUGGUAAUCCCACGCGCUACCAACAUGGAGGGGACCCCUCCCAGCCAGGUCAUGCCCGAGCCCGACGAGGGCAUCGCCUCCGACCGCCGCCCGUCCACCGACGACAACGCUGACUUGUCCGAUACCGCCUCCGAGGCUGGCUCGGGCGGCGGGAAGGACUCCGGCUGCGAAGUCGCUCCCGAUGCCCAGGAGCCGCCCUACGCGCCCCCGGACGAAGAGUUGGCCAACCGGAUCGUGGCGCAAGUGGAGUUCUACUUCUCCGACGCCAACAUCACAAAAGAUGCCUUCCUUCUCAAACACGUGCGUCGCAAUAAGGAAGGGUACGUCUCCCUCAAGCUGAUAUCCAGCUUCAAACGCGUCAAGCACCUGACUAAGGAUUGGCGAGUGGUGGCUGAAGCUUUGAAACGUUCAACAAAGUUGGAGAUCAACGAGCCGGGAACAAAACUUCGUCGCAUCGAGCCACUACCGGCGUAUGAUGAGACGACUCCAUCUAGAACUGUGGUGGCCGUCAAGAUGCCUAUCGACCGCCCUUCGGUUGAGAAUGUGUCCAGACUUUUUGCAACCUGUGGUGAAAUUGCUUUAGUCAGGGUACUUAGACCCGGGAACCCGGUUCCAGCUGAUGUCCGUCAAUUCCUGAAUAAGAAUCCGAGCUUGGUGAACUGUGUGUGUGCUUUAGUUGAGUUUACUGAAUCCGAGGCCGCGAGAGGUGCCCUGCGCCUGCAAAGCUCGGACGAGGAAGGUAUGAGAGUGUAUGAACUGAACGGAGUACCUAGGGAACCGAAGAGGAAAACGCCGGUGCGUCGCCCUACGCCAAGACGUCACGAAUGCGAGUAUUCCUCAUGUUGUAGUGGGUCGGAGGCUGAAUACGAUUACAGAUAUGGAACGCCGUUUUACAGGCGUAAUUCGAGUGGAUUUUUCACGCCACGCUCGCCUGAAAUACAGACGUGGGUGCCGCGCAGAACUUCCACGUGCAGCCACAGCUCGGAUUCGGGAGUGUCGUUUUUCUGCGGCUCGAGGAGAGCCUCUCAAGCGAGCACGGGCAGUGCGAGCAGCGCCGAGGGCUGGCUUUCGCGGAGGCUGUCCGGCUGCUCGCUGAGCGGCACUGAGUGCGGCGGCCGGCGGCUGUCUUGCACGCCGCGCUUCGAGCCGCGCGCGCCCGUGGUGCCGGACGGAACUCGGGGCUUCCACGCCGCCACUCGCCAGCGGAGAAUUUCGGACCUCGCGUUGUAUUCGCGCUAGAAAGCGCCCGCCAACCGUGACACCUUUCUAAUCACGUUGGAUAACUACCUUUCACGUACUGACCACCUGGUUUUUAAUCUACGAGGAAACGUUCGUGUUCGCGUGUUUAGUUAUUUAGUUUAUUAUAAAAGAAUGCAUGUAGAGAGUAAACUGGGAGAGUUAUAGUUACCUAGCUGUUUUAAAAGUCGACGAUCGAUUCGUCGACGAUUGUGAUCGAAGCUCAUUUAGAUAGGCCUAUUUAAGUAACGUAUGUAAUUUAUUAGUAUUUAAUUAUUUAUUACCGCGUAUUUAUUGCGGAUAGGGCGCGCGCUUUGGGGAGUUUUCAUCCGAGUAUGUUAGAGUUGUAAGCACAAAAUUCUUUAUAGCAAAAUCGACAUCACAAAGUUUGUAGACUCAACAUCUGGCGUGUAGAUGUGGGUGAUGGAGACGGUCGAGCGCAGUGCGUUGCGUAAAUUGGAUUGCGAACUAUGGAUGCCCGUUCCACGUUUACAUAACCGAGAUAAACGUAUAUCGGACUGCGUAUCUAUGCAAUAUCGCAGCGCGCUCGUUCCGCGUCGGAACUUUGAAUUUGGGAUGCCACGAUGCGCCUUACCAACCGUCCUUUUACAUUUUAUAAGUUUAAUUAAGGUAAUUUAAGUCAGUCGCGCCAUGUCAUGAUUUAUUUAAGUUUUUUUAAUACUAUUUUUUAAGUUGUUGUGAUUUUAAUUGCGUUGCGCAAGAGUGAGAGGUGUGCUAUCCGUUCGGAGCAAUCUCUUUUGUAUUUUAUUACUCGAUAGCAAUGAUACAUUUCUUCAAUUGUAUAAUCGAUAUAUCGUGCUUGUUUCUUACUUACAUAAGUAAGCAAUAUACUGAAGCUUGUUUGAAAUUCUUUUUUGAUUAGCAUAGUGGCAAUGGGAGACGGGUAGCUUAGCUUCUCAGUUUUAAGUUGGCAACGGAGGAGUAAUCUUAUGAUUUAAUGUCAUAACGCACAAAGCUUCAGGUGCUAAGCUGGCCGCCUCCCAACCUUGAUCAUCGGAUACCACAUAAUAUAAGAGCACGGAUUUGUGUUAAUCUCUUCCAGGAAAACUGAAACUCCUUACACAAAAUUGGUAGAUUCAGGUCUAAAAUCUGCUACAGUCAUAAACAAUGAACCCGUAGAAUCCACUUUGGUACACCAAGGUAUUUUAAUUCCGUUUUCUUACGAGAUAGUAGAACUGUUCCCAGCCAUGGGAGGCUAAUAAGUUGAGAAUAAUGUUAUCAUAGCUUGAACAUCUUGAUUGUUUUUGAACAUAUGUUAAAAUCUUUGCUCUCGUAUGUGGUACCCGUUUAACAGUCAUACUUAUUAUUGCUAACUCACUUAACAUAAAUCCUACAGCUGUAACUGUAGAUUCUUCUUAUACAACACUGAGUUUUGUGUAAAUGUUGCACUUGGCACUUUUACACCUGUGAGUUAAGUUAAGGAUUCGUGUUGCACCAAUGUAACAAAACUUUGCAUAUUCCACUUUGUAUUUCCCAUUUCUUAUAGUGUAAUUUGUCAAUAAUGUAAUUUGUGUUAUCUACAUUCACACUAAUUAAGAAGAUAAUUUCGAAGGGAACUGCCUCGUUGGAUUUGAAGUGUUUGUUUGAUUGCCUUUUUAUUAUAUUCCCGGGCGCCACUCGCCUGGAUUAAAAUCAAAUACCUUGUUCACCGAUGUACCUCAGUGAGUACGUUAUUCGUUUGGUCCCGGUUACUAACACUAACAUGCAGUGGCGUGCACUUCAUACAUGCACAAAAGCGCUGCAUACCCUAAAAUUUUCAUACAACUGGCAACUUAGGAGGGUUAAGCACUGCCUACCUUUAUUCUUUGAUAUAACUCUAACAGUAGGUGGAAUUUUUCCAUUUUGUGCCAUCUUCAUGCCACUGCUAACAUGUGAUAAUAAUCGAUGAAACCCACCAACCCGCUUUCGAGGAGUGUAAAGGUCUAGGAAAGAGGAGCCCUGAGUGAGAAUAGGUUGAGGAUGAUGGAAUAGAAAUUACUUUUGGCAGAUUACUGCUACCUUUUGUAUCAUAUUCGAGAAUUUAUGGAGUGUUUGACUUAUUCAAUAAUUAUGCUACGAUUAACGGACGCAGGUUUAACCUAACUGCCCUAGCUAUGCCCCCUUGUCAUGCCCUCUCUUAUUAUAAGCUUUAAGCUUAAUUGGAGGGGAAAGGGGGUAUACCAAUCACAUUGACCCUCCAUUUUGCUCGAAUAUGAGUUGUAUCCUUGUAUUUAUAUCUUGUUAUCUCAUAAGCAAAUCAAUAAAUUGUAAACUUAAUUUAUUUAUGUCUUUUAAGUUAAGCCCGCCAUGCCCAGGCGGGUCCAUCUCAUACGCAAAUCGUUUUUUUUUAACUUUUAUUAUUUAUACUUACUUUUGUUAACUCCCUGCAUAUAGAUAUACCUCGAUGAGUUGCAUUGCAAAUAUAGUUUUACAUAAAUAAUGCACAAUGACUUUCACCCGCCACUCCUCUUUGGAGUAGUGUGGUGGGACUAUAAUGCUCAACACUGGCACAUUUAUGAGACUGUUGAUGAUACCACCGUCUUGUGAUUCAACACAAAUGACACCAUGUCGUUCAGUUUGACCUUAACCUUAGAGUAAGCUAGGAAAUCUUACGGCUUUGCUCGGAGAUUUUUUUAUAUAGAAUUAAAAAAAAUGCACUUAUGUUGUAUCGAAUAAUAUUAUGAAAAAUACUUUGUAUCGUUGUCAUAUUCAAAUACGACUCCAUAUAUUUUAUAUAAGAAUUUUAUGUAAUUUGUUGACAGUAACGACGUUGCAAAGUUACUAUAAAAAUGUAGGUUUACAAUUAGACAUGUUAAUAAAGUAAAAACAUUUGAAAACUUCCUUGUGGAAGCCUUAUUUAUUAGCGAUGCAGCUCAUAUUGGUAUGUUACUACGUUUCUUUUAAUUUAACACUAUUUAUAGAAGCCUAUACAAACCUGUCAAUUUAUUUUCUUAAUUAAAUACACUUGUUAUU